CGACGCUAAAGUGGAUUUACUGAACACCUGCAUGGGGAAACUCUGAGGCUUUAUUCCUUUUUUUUCUGUCGUCUGCCUCUGCUGGGAACCAAAUGGCAACUGGAAUGGAACUGAAUCUGUCCAAGAAUGUGAUUUCUUGCGGGGAUCCAGGUGGGAUGAAUUUGGACAGAAUCGCUGAGGCAGUGAGAGCACCGCCGCCCCGCGACGUGGCGCCCGCGUUUCAUUUACCCAGAACUUCAAACAGCAGUCGGGAAACUUUAGAGAACUCAAGCAGCGAGUCUUCAGACACAGAGUUGGCAGAAAAGGAGAGGAGCGCUGAACAUAGGAGCGAUGACGGGAACGCGGACGAUCCCAAAAAGAAGAAGCAGCGGCGGCAGCGGACUCACUUCACCAGCCAGCAGCUGCAGGAGCUGGAGGCCACUUUCCAGAGGAACCGCUACCCGGACAUGAGCACCAGGGAGGAGAUCGCCGUGUGGACCAACCUGACCGAGGCCAGAGUCCGGGUGUGGUUCAAAAACCGCCGGGCCAAGUGGAGGAAGCGGGAGCGGAACCAGCAGAUGGACCUGUGCAAGAACAGCUACCUGCCGCAGUUUAGCGGCCUGAUGCAGCCCUACGACGACAUGUACCCGGCUUACACCUACAACAACUGGACAAACAAGGGCCUGACUCCGGCGCCGCUGACCACAAAGAACUUCACCUUCUUCAACUCCAUGAGCCCCCUCACCUCGCAGUCCAUGUUCUCGGCGCCAAACUCCAUCUCCUCCAUGACCAUGGCCUCCGGGAUGGGCCACUCCGCCGUGCCGGGCAUGCCUACCCCGGGUCUGAAUAACAUCAGCAACCUGAACGGGAUCGGCACGUCCGGCAUCAACUCUGCCAUGUCGUCAUCCGCGUGUCCGUACGGGCCUCCCGGCUCUCCGUACAGCGUUUACCGGGACACUUGCAACUCCAGCCUGGCCACCCUCAGACUCAAAUCCAAACAGCAUCCAACCUUUGGAUACAGCGGCCUGCAGAGCCCCGGAUCGAGCCUGAACGCCUGUCAGUACAACAGCUGACGGGCCAAAAACGGGGCCUAAAUAUAAAUAAAUAUAUAUGUGAUGAACGGACACGGUGUAAGAGCUUAUAGGCUACCUGCGGAUGAAAAAAAAAAUCAAAGACAACUAAACUGGAUUAGUUGCAAUCAUUUUUCAAAAAAAAUGGAUUAUGCGGGUUAUGUGUUUACCAUUGAACUUGCACAGCAAUUGAAAUGUCCAGGUUUUUCGGAUUUUUUUUUUUUAUGAUGAAGACGUGUUACAUUGCUGCAUUGUACAUACAUAAAUGUAAAUAUAUACAGGCCUAACAUAUGAAACAGAC